AUGACCUGUAAUUCUUUCAGUGAACUCUGUUGCCUGUUUUGUUGUCCGCCAUGCCCAGGAAAAAUCGCGGCUAAGUUAGCAUUCCUGCCUCCUGAACCCACGUAUGCAUUCACACCCGAUGAAACUGGAUCCAAGUUCUCAUUAACUCUUACCGAACGAGCAGAAUGGCAAUAUUCUGAACGUGAAAAAGAAAAUAUCGAAGGCUUUUAUUCGAGAACGUCGAGAGGCAAUAGAAUAGCUUGCCUCUUUGUUCGAUGCAGCCCUAAUGCUCGGUUCACGAUAUUGUUCUCGCACGGAAACGCCGUAGAUCUGGGACAAAUGAGUAGCUUUUAUUUAGGUUUAGGUACUAGAAUAAAUUGUAACAUAUUCAGUUAUGACUAUUCUGGUUAUGGUGUCAGUGGUGGCAAGCCCUCAGAAAAGAAUUUAUACGCCGAUAUUGAUGCUGCGUGGCAGGCGUUACGGACUCGCUACGGUAUCAGCCCUGAGAAUAUUAUACUGUAUGGGCAGAGCAUUGGUACUGUACCCACUGUGGACCUUGCAGCUCGUUACGAAGUAGGGGCAGUGGUUCUCCACUCACCAUUGAUGUCUGGCAUGCGUGUGGCAUUUCCAAAUACUAAGAGAACAUGGUUUUUUGAUGCCUUUCCAAGUAUUGAUAAAAUUCCCAAAGUGACCUCUCCAGUUCUUGUCAUUCAUGGAACUGAGGACGAGGUGAUAGACUUCUCACAUGGUCUCGCCAUAUACGAACGAUGCCCACGCGCGGUAGAGCCAUUAUGGGUUGAGGGUGCUGGACAUAAUGACGUGGAACUCUUUAAUCAAUACUUAGAAAGACUGAAACGUUUUGUCUCUGUCGAAUUGCUCAACUGACAAAGACUGCCGGCCACGGGCCAGACGACUCAAGGUAAAUAAAAAAAAGUUAACAUAAUUUCAUAGAUCAAGUAAAAAAAAUAGAUAACGCACUUAGAACAAAAAACCGAAGCCACUUUUAUAAGUAUGUGUGAGUGAGUGAAGUGUUGACACUUUUAAAAAAAGUCCCUGAAAAUUU